CGUAUUUUUUUUCUUUGCCUUUUUUGAUCAAUUUUGCCGUGCGAUGCGACAUUUUCUGUCCAUAAUUUUCCGUCCCCCAACUGUUGUUUAAUUUCUUUUGACAAAUGCAAAUGAAUUUUAUAAACUAUAUGCAAAAUAACAGUGGAAAUAGCAGUAGCAGUAACAACGACAAUAGUAAUGGUAAGGGGGACAACUCUGAUCCUUCUGCAACAAAAGGAGGUGCGGUGAAGAGAAAACGGUUAGCGUUAGCCUGCAAUGUCUGUCGCCGUAAAAAGGUAAGGAUAAUCUCUCUCGUUGAUCUGCAUACCGUCAUUAACAGCGUUCUAUAGAUCAAAUGUGAUGGCGUUCGACCUGCUUGCGGCAAGUGCACACGUCUGAAGCAAGAGUGUUCAUACCCAACUGUGGUGAAGAAAAGAGGGCCGAAGCAAGGGCAUAUUGAAUCCUUAGAAGAAAGGCUUAGAAAGAUGGAGGAAUUAUUAUCGCAGUCAAAGGCAAAUAACGAUGUCAACAGUAGCAAAAAUGACACAGCAGCAGCUCAGUAUACCAAUGGCAGUAAAACUUAUAUGCAGCAAGGACAAGAGCAAGAGCAAGAGCAACGGCAACAGCAAUAUAGAGCAUUACACGAUGGAAUACCGCCACAACAGCAAGAAUCAGUAGCAACACCAGCAACACCAGCAA